UGCAAGCCAGGUUGUUUGGAUUUUUGGUAGUUUUUCCCAGUUUGUUGGCUAAAGUUAGUAAUUGAUGGUUACCACUGUUGUUUAACGUAUAUUAGUAAAAGAAUGAGUCAAAGCGGUUUAAGUGCUCCAGCAAGCCCGGAUCCUGACUUGUCUGGAACCAGUUCAAGCAUAAUCGAAGGACAGUUGUAUACGAAUUCGCGUCCGGAAAGCCGAAGCAGCAUUAGCAGCAACUCCAUGGUUGAUCAGGACCAAGCCGCUGAAUCCAGUCGUCUGAGUUCAAACGUAGAUGAAAUUGAUAGAAAAUCUGAUAGUGGAGAAGUGAUUGGGCUUGAUGAAAAUGCCCAAUCAGGUGGCUUGCUGGAUGAACAUAAACAAGAGUUAAUGGCUUCAGAUUCAAGCAAAGAAGAUGAGGAUAGUCUUGAAAUGGUAUCAGAUGAUGAAAUGGAAGCUAACGAAAACUGCAAAGAUUCAUCUAGUAAAAAAUCUCCUCAAAUUUUGGAUCCAUUGAUUAAAGACACUGAAUUAGACUUUGAAGAAGAUAAUCUUGAAGAAGAGCCCAAAAAGCCGAUUGAAGACAGAAAGCCUGAAAAAGAUGACGAAGAUGGAGAAUGUGAUGGAGAGAAGCCACAGAGAGAAAAGGAAGCAAGUGAAGAAGAACUAGAGGAAGGUGAAGAAUUGGAAGAAGGUGAAGUUAGCAGCGAAGAAGAUGUUGGGAAACAUGCACGCAUGGAACCUAGGCCUGUUUGUAGAUUUUACAGUAAAGGCAAUUGUACUUGGGGUAAUAAUUGCAGAUUUGUUCAUCCUGGAGUAUUAGACAAGGGAAAUUACAAUAUGUUUGCUCCUGCACGUCCAUCUGCCCAUAACGGGCCUUCAGCACCCUACGAAAGACCUUUUGAUCGACCACCGGUGGUUCCACUCAUCCCGCCAGCAGAGUGGGCAAAUUCUCAGCCAAGGGUCGCUAAUCCUCGACCUCCACGACAUCCACAGCCGGCCGAGCCACCUCGGACUGAUGCAACCGGUGCUGAAUCACCUUGGGAAAGAGGACUGAGACAAGCCAAAGAGAUGCUCAAAAAGUCCAGUCAUCGUAAAGAAACUGACAUUGACUUCGAAGAAAAAAAACUAAAUUUAGGUUUAGGUGAGGAAGAAUUGGACAAAGAGAAUGACUACUACACUCGACCUGCUAGUCCAGUUUUACAUGGAGACGUCCCUCCUCCAUUUGAAGAGCCAGAUACAGAACCAUACCAUAAAUUUUUACCUCCAUCAGGUGAAGGGCGAUGGCCUCCGUCACGCUAUCCGCCUCCUCACCGCCACCCCCCACCUGGUUACCCUUAUCCGUACGAAGGCCGGCGACCUUACCCACCAGAAUCAGAGUAUAGAGAAAGGGAAUACUAUCAUCCGGAAGGAUAUGAGCGUCCGCACUACUACGGUCCAAAACCAAGUGAACGAGAUAUCCAUCCAUCUGCCAGUAAAUCCCAACCUCAACUUCCUCCCCCUCACGAAAAAAGAUGGUCUGAUGAGAGAUACGUGGAAGUUGUGCCUCCAGCUCAGCGUGGACGUAGUGAUGAAUGGUGGGAUCCGUGGAUGAGAUCAAGAUCUCCUGGUGGUGCUGGAGGCGGAGGUGCUGCUGGUGGUGGUCCAUCUUCAAGUGCAGUCGUUGGCGCCGGAGGAAAUUCGGCUGGAGCUAAAGGUUCUAGACGACGUAGCUAUUCGUCUGGGUCAUCUUUUUCAACAUCGUCAUCGACAUCGAGCUCAAGUUCGAGUUCAUACUCGAGCUCAAGCAGUCGUUCCAGUCGUUCCAGUGCUAGCUCACGUUCCACUUCAAAAUCUAAAUCAAUGAAUGUAAAACGACGGCAAGGACGGAAAGCAAAAGUCGGAGACCAGCGGGUUAAAGGGAACCAUAAGACCGUCUCUUCACUUCCUGUUGCCAAACAUAAAACAUCUUCAUCCGCCCCCAUCCCGUCAUCGCCCCCGCACCCCCAAUCCUCACGGAAGCCCACAGAUAAGCAGCGGAACAUCCAUGAGAGGUCACCUCAAGUUCGAAAUAGGGACUGGUCAAGUUCUUCGUCCCGUUCACGUUCCAGAUCUCUUUCCAAGAUGCGCCCUGCGACUAAGAACAAUAGCUCUGCCCCUCCCACGAAAGCCCAUGGAGGACGAGCUCGUGCCUCCUCCGGUUCGUCCAGUUCUAGUGAAUGGGAGUCAUCUCCACAUUCAAAUGACAUCGGACGACCCCGUCGACCAUCGAACCGUGGCCGACGAGACUUUGCCGAACGUAAAGAGCUACGAGGUGUAAACCCUCCACCAGUGUCAUCUCAUCCAUCAACUAAAGGAAAAGCUGUACCGGAACCUCCAAAGGUGGAAGCGAAACAGAUAAAGUUAACAUUGAAAUCAGCCGCGCCACCGUUAAAGAAGAUUACGAAUAGGUUCGAUGAUGAUUCAGAUGAUGAAGGUUGGGAAAAAGAAAAAACUGUUUCUGUUAGUGCGUCUCAACCUCCUGCGGCAACUAAUUUAAAUCAGGCCACAAGGAAACGAGCCGCAGAAUCGCCUCCCCCUACUGCACCGCCAUCAAAGGCUGCCAACGCAUCACCGCAAAAGGCGGACAAAGGAGGGAAGAAAUCAGCUGCUACGCGUCGUGAAGAAUUACUGAAGCAGUUAAAAGCAGUAGAGGAGGCCAUUGCCAAGAAACGUUCAAAGUUGCCAGUCUAAUCGACUCCGACUACCAUAGACCUGGCUCUUUGUAUAACUCUGAAGAGUAUCUUGUUUUUCUUAUGUUGAUCAUUCGAUAAAAUACCACAAUCCCCAGCAGGUAGUUUUAAGAACGGUCUUAGUUCACACGUCAUUGAAGUGAAAUAAUUUUGUUUUGACUUAUCACGUUGUCCCCACUUCAUGGAACACUUGGAAAUAAAUGCGAAAUGUUUCAUAUACAGUA